AUGAAGCGAGACUGUCCGCCGUUGUUCCAUUACACUCAGACUGUUACUGCAACUGGGCAAGCCGCACCUCAGCCGUGGCAGCGCGUGAUUGACCCUAUCUGGUGUGAUGCCGGAAUUGGGAGCACCUGCAACAUCGCCAAGGGCAACCAAAUCACCACCUCGGAGAGCCUCAAUAUCGGUAUCGAUGGGGGUCCUUCCGCAGAUGAUGUGGCUGGGGAGGCACUCAAGGGUAUCAACGCCAAUGCUGGUUUCAGCCUGGGUACACAUGGAGCCAGAGCCACACCUCAACAGAUGCCGCGGGCUGUAAUUUCGCACCGAUUGCCAGCACGGUUGACAUUGACGGCGGAGCCCUUCUCUUCUCGGCAAACAUGGCUUGGGCAACUAUCGACAUCUACCAACAAGGUAACUUUUGUGCAAUGA